ACCUUUGAUCCAGGAUAAGGAACAACUUGUGUAGACUUGUAGAAGAAGUCCAUGUGGUCAUAUCUCACAGUAGGUUUCUCUUUUUAACCACCCAGCCCUCAAAGCCCCCUCCCAGUAUUUCCAUAUGGUGUGUCACUUCACAAUGUGUAUCCAUGCUGACACUUUACACAUGUGCUUCGCCCCUGUAGAAUAUUCCUUCACAGUGGGGGCACCGGUCUGACUACUGUGUUGGGUUAUUGGAAGUUGUCUGACUCUAAUGAAAGGACUCUCACAAGCCGGACAUCAUGUUCAAAACUUCCUCUGUGCUCCUGCUGACCCUGGUCCUAAAUGUUCAGCUAUGCUCAUCAGCACCGAUACCUGCCAAAGCUGCUCAGUCUUCUGGACCAGGACCAGAGAAACUUGCACCAGUAACUGAAGAUCACAGUCACUUUAAAGAGGAAAAAGAACCAGUUCAGGAGAAACUCAUUCCAGUUGUUGCAGGUGUAGCAGCUCCAUCUCCCGAGGAAUCACCUGCUGAAGAAGACAUUCCAGUUACUGCAAAAGAACCAGAACCAAUUUUCAUCGGAGAUCAGGUCUCUGAUGACGCUGAUAAAGCUGAUGAAUCUCAGGAAUCAGCCCCUCAGGAGCCUUUGGCUGUAGCUUCACAAGAAUCUUCAGAGGAGGGAACUUUCCAUGAAGAGGCUGCCUUGCAGGCAUCUCCAGAAGAAACCACAGAAGAAGUUGCCUUGGCUGCUGCUGUCGAGAGUGAACAGCAUUAUGGGGAGGAUUCAGCUCCAGAAGUACUGAUCCCGGUCAUUCCUUUAGAAGCUUCAAAAGCUCCAGAGGAAAAUGCAGAAGAAGAAACAGCUGUUGCUAUAGAGAGUGCACCCCUAGAACAGUAUGAUCUGGAGGAUCCAGUUCCAGGAGCACCAAUUCCUAUUAUUCCUGCAGGAGCUUCAGAAGAUGAAGCUUCAGUGGAAAAUGCAGCAGAAGAAGCUGCUCCAGAAGAACCUUUACUUAUAGUCCCUGAUGAAGUAGAACCUGCUGCUCUUCCUAUGACACCAGCAGAAGAGAAAUCUGUUCUCGUCCCUGCAGAAUUUGAGGAGUCAGCCCCAGAGGAACCUGCUGUUAUUGUUCCUGUGGAACCUGCUGAACAAGAGCUGGAUCAAGAGGAAACAGUCUCUAUCAUUUCUUCAGAAACAAAAGAAGAGGAAGCUCCAGAGGAAAAUGCAAAAGAAGAAGAAGCAGUUUCCCCGGUAGUCCUGGAAGAAAAUGCUGCAGUGGUCCCUGCUACAAACGAAGAACCUCUUCCCAGUACAUUAGAAGAAUCUGUUGCCCUGUUUCCUGUAGAGCUUGAGAUCGAAGAGGAAGGUCAAGUGGAACAUGUUGCAGAACAAACAGCACCACAAGAGUCAGCCCCAGGAGAUCCAGUUGUCGUUGUUCCUCUGGAUCCUGCUGAAGACGAGCCCGAGCUGGAAGUACAAGUUACAGAAGAAUCAAUCCCCAUAGCUUCCCCAGAAUCACCAGAAGAAGAAGCUCCAGAGGAAGCUGCAGGGGUGCCUGUCCCAAUAGUCCCAGAAGAAAAUGCAGAAGAGGACCCUGCUACCAACGAAGAACCUUUUCCCAGUACAUUAAAAGAAGAGGAAUCUGUUGCCCUGUUUCCUGUAGAGUUUAACACCGAAGAGGAAGGUCAAGUGGGAGCUGUUGCAGAACAAACAGCACCACAAGAGUCAGCCCCAGAGGAACCUGCUGUUAUUGUUCCUCUGGAACCUGCUAAACAGGAUCCGGAUCUAGAGGAACAAGAGGAAACAGUCUCUAUCAUGUCUUCAGAAACAAAAAAAGAGGAAGCUCCAGAGGAACAUGCAAAAGAAGAAGAAAAAGAAGAAGAAGAAGCAGUUGCCCCGGUAGUCCUGGAAGAAAAUGCUGCAGUGGUCCCUGCUACAAACGAAGAACCUCUUCCCAGUACAUUAGAAGAAUCUGUUGCCCUGUUUCCUGUAGAGCUUGAGAUCGAAGAGGAAGGUCAAGUGGAACCUGUUGCAGAACAAACAGCACCACAAGAGUCAGCCCCAGAAGAUCCAGUUGUUGUUGUUCCUCUGGAUCCUGCUGAAGACGAGCCAGAGCUGGAAGUACAAGUUACAGAAGAAUCAAUCCCCAUAGCUUCCCCAGAAUCACCAGAAGAAGAAGCUCCAGAGGAAGCUGCAGGGGUGCCUGUCCCAAUAGUCCCAGAAGAAAAUGCAGAAGAGGACCCUGCUACCAAUGAAGAACCUCUUGCUGGUGCACCAGAAGAAGAGAAAUAUGUUGUCCUUGAUACAGAAGAGGAAGUUCAAGUGGAACAGGCUGCAGAGGAAACAGAACCAGCCCUAGAAAAACCUGCUGUCAGUGUUGUUGUAGAACCCACCAGUGAGGAACCAGCUCCAGAAGACCCAAUCGUCAUCAUUCCCUUAGAGGAUCUAGAAGAGGAUGCUCCAGAUGACAACACAGAAGAUGUUGUCCAUUCAGAUCCUCUCCUAAUGGAAACUGCCCUGGAGGAGGACACAGCAGGUGACAGUGAUGCAGAGAUACUUGUCACACAAACCUCAUCUGAGAAUGACACCAUAGAGACAGCACUGGAUCCAGGUGAGGAAGUAGCUGCAACCGAGGUUCCUGCUUCAACAGAGAUCUUAACUGAAGCCCCAAUUGAACUUGUCACAGCUCCUCCUGCCCCAGCUGUCUCUAAGGCACAAAUCAUUCUGGCUCCACUGGAAGGUGGUGAUGGCACCAGUAUGAAGACUCGCAGUGAAGAUUUUAGAGCUGUAGCUAUAUUGAUAGAAGAUGAACCUGUAGUACUGGUGAACAGAGGGACAGUGCUCGGUGCAGCAUUCUUCACACUGAUGUCUUUUAUUGUUACUGGGUUUCUUGGGACGACUAUAUACAAGAAACUGCGCUGAAUGCAAGACACUGAAGUAAAGAUCAGUGGACAAAGAGCUGUUUGAUGAGCAACUGAAGCUGAACAAGUUUUUCUAUGUUGGAUUUUUGCUUAGGAAAAGUCAAGUGAAGGAAAUUCUUCAAGAUUUGGACAGCCAGAAAGCCACUAUGUUAAUGGAAACCAGUGGUCGAAGUGGUUUUAAGAUCUUCCACUUAAGUAAAAUAAGCAAUACCUCAAUA